AUGCAGAGUCGAGUGGAAGUUAUGAUCGGCACAACACCCGUUAUAGCAACGGCACCCAUGCCUUCCUGCUCUAUGAAAAUCUUUGUGUCCGACACUACCAAUGAAAUUGUGGCCGAAAAUGUCAAAAUUGGUGAUAAACUUACGCUCGCCAUUGCCAUCGAUUAUCAAGAUAUAUAUGGUAUGAAAGUAACCAAUUGUCUGGUUCGGGAUGGACUCAAUUGGGGCGAACAGCCCCUCAUUAAUGACGAUGGUUGUCCCGUCGAUGAAGAGAUUAUGGGAUCGUUUGAAUACACGCAAAAUCUAACUCGAGCUGUGGUGGCCUUUCAUGCCCACAAAUUUCCAUAUACAUCGUCGGUCUACUAUCAAUGCAAUGUCAGACUCUGCCUGAAGGAUGCCGGCGGCUGCGAGGAUGUGCCGCCCGAUUGCGACAAAAAUGGGCGCAAUUUUAGACGCCGUGAGAAACGAGACACAAGUGAUCUCAUAGAAGACGGAGCGCUGGCAGAUGUCCGUAGAGAUGAUGUCAGGGAUCUUAGUAUUGAAGUCUAUUCAGGCCUUUAUGUCAACGAUAAUGAAGAGGAAGAGAACGAAGGAGAAGAUUCGGAUACAAAGCAGUCGAUAAUAGACGAAGAGUUUUGUAUAUCAAUGAGAAAGUUUGCGAUAGGAGUGGCGAUCGCCAGUCUAUUACUAAUGCUGGCCGUCAUUCUUCUGGUCGCGUGUAUUCUUCAGCGAAGGAGGAGAAGGAAAGGCGCGUCAACGACCGCCAGCUCUGUCUAUUCGGGUCCCUAUUCUAAUCUGGGAUAUAAUAGAGAGUAG